AUGUCCUUAUUAGAGAAUGUUCUUUAUAUCCAAGCUGGAUUUGGAGUCCUAGCCAAUAUAUUUCUCCUUUUUUUCUAUACUUCUGUAAUACUAGGUGACAGAUCUAAGCCCAUGGACCUGAUAACCUGUCAACUGACCUUCAUUCACAUAAUGAUGGUCCUCACUGGAGGGGAAACUUUGCUUGCAGGCAUAUUAGAGUCACUAAAAUUUGGGAAUGACUUCAAAUGUAAGACUAUAUUUUACAUAAACAGAGUUAUGAGAGGCCUCUCUGUCUGCAUCACCUGUCUUCUGAGUGUAUCCCAGGCUAUCACAAUCAGCCCCAGUACAUCUUUGCUGGCAAGGUUUAAGCAUAAAGUAAAAGCACACAUCGUCUAUGCUUUUUUCUAUCUUUUGUCUUUCAAUUUGUCAUUCAGUAGUAGGUGGAUCGUCUAUGUUGCUGGUUUUACCAAUGUGAGUAAAACUCACCAGAUGAAGGUCACUAAAUCCUGCUCACUCUUCCCCAUGAACUACAUCAUCAGGGGAUUAGUUUUAACAGUGACAAUGUCCAGAGAUCUAUGUCUUGUAGGAGUGAUGCUGACUACAAGUACAUACAUGGUGAUUAUCUUAUGCAGACAUCAGAGGCAAUGCAAGCAUCUUCAUAGCGUCAGCUACCUGAGAGCGUCCCCUGAGAAAAGGGCCACCCAGACCAUCUUGAUGCUGGUAGUUUUCUUUGUGGUCAUGUACUGGUUGGACUUUUUCAUCUCAUUUACCUCAGUCCUGUUAUGGAUGUAUGACCCAGUCAUCCUGAUGGUUCAGCAGUUUGUGAUGUAUGCCUAUCCCACAAUUGCUACUUUGAUACAAAUCAGUUCUGAUAAGAGAAUAAUCAGUGUACUGAAAAACUUGCACUCCAAGCGCCACUAG